GGUAUCUCCUAGCAGCAGCGCGUUGAUAGACGAAACUUUGACCGAUAAUUCUUCCCGUUGAGAUUUCGCGAGAGUAUUUACGUUGAAUUAACAUAUUGGCCGGGCAUGAAUUUUCACCGGUCAUUCCCGCCAGUCGAGUAUUUCGUAUAAAUAAAGAUGUAGCACGGAAUUAAAGCCUGUGUGAAAGUGCCCGCGGCCUCAGUAGCAAGUGAGAUAUAGAAUCAAAUUGAUUUCAACGUCUUGUCGUCUAGUGCCUUCCGAAUAGCCAUGGUGAGGAGUUCGACCAUCGUCCGUAACGCGGGGACCUUAUUAUGUCUGAUUGCCGUGACCCUGGCCCCCAAUAUUCAUGCGGACAACCAGGAUUUCAAUCAACAGUCGCAUCCUUUGAUCACGGAAGGUUCGAAGCUGGUGAAUUCAACUGGUGUUAAUCCGAACAACCAGCAAAUUGACAAGGGACUCUGGGAAUGGGUUACUUCGAUCUUCAACAAACCCAGUCAGAAUCCGAUCCCAACCGCUCCCCCAAUCGUUGAGCCAGUUGCACCACCGGAAAAUUGUCCAGCUUGCAAGUGCGGAUUGACGAAUAAACAUAAUAGGAUCGUCGGUGGAAUGGAAACUCAGGAGAAUCAGUAUCCGUGGAUGGUGGAGCUCCUUUACAACGGGAGAUUUUAUUGCGGGGGAUCAUGCAUCAACUCUCGCUUCGCCGUGACCGCAGCUCACUGUGUUCAGGGAUUUGAUAAGACUCGAAUAAGAGUGAGGAUUCUCGUGCACGCGUUAAACUCUUCCCUAUCACAGGGUAAAAUCAAAGAGUACGGAGUGGAACGAAUAAUCAAGCAUUCCGGAUACUCCCCCUUCAACUACAACAACGAUAUUGCUUUACUCAAAUUAGACGGGCCCAUCAAGUUUGACGAUUCAAUGAGACCGGUUUGCUUACCGGAGUUAUACAAGACUUUUAGCGGAGAAAAAGGGAUCGUUACCGGAUGGGGGGCGACGUCGGAAUCCGGACCGAUAUCCAAUAAGCUUCAGGAGUUGAUGGUGCCGAUCCUGAGCAACGUUGAAUGCAAGGCUUCUAAGUACCCUUCGCAGCGAAUAACGGACAACAUGUUGUGCGCCGGCUACCCAGAAGGAGGCAAAGACUCGUGCCAGGGUGACAGUGGAGGUCCUCUCCACGUAGUCAACGAUUCGGUUCACAGCAUCGUCGGAAUUGUAUCUUGGGGCGAGGGAUGUGCCCAGGCAAAUUACCCUGGAGUUUAUACAAGGGUAAACCGUUACGUAACUUGGAUACAGCACAACACACUGGAUGGUUGCUAUUGUUCGAAACACGACUGAUAUCGCCAGGAGUAUAUAAAUACCGAGUACACAUAUAUACGUAUGAAUAGUGAUGGAUUCAAGAGAAGCAAUUCACGACGUAUAUAGUCCACGCAAAUUUGCUGGUGCUGAUAAUACUGAUUCUCAAACUCAUUGUCAGUAUUCUUUGAGAUACCUGAAGUAUUUGUUCAUGUUAACAGCACGCGAAAAUCAAUGAAAAUCCAACGCUACUCUCAUUCGAUGCAUCUUAUCAUUGAGUUUAAUUUUAAGUGUUGAGAGAAUUAAAGGAAAAGUGUUGCAGUCGUUAUACUGUGCACUUAAAAAUCGCGAAAAGCAUAUCACCUUCAACAUUUUACUGAUUUGUUUGUUAUUCUUGAUCAACUUUUUUUCAUUUCGGUUAUCCUAUACUCAUUAUGAAUGUCGAUACUCUUGGGCUUGAUUAAUUGAGUUAUAGCUGAGAGACCUGAGAAUACUUGAAAUUGGCGAAAGGUGCAAUUUGCACGUAACUGUAUGCGUACUCUGAUACAGUUCUGCGAGAAUCGGGUCAGAUGUGUAAAGGCAAAAUUUGAUUUUUAAAACGGAAUACACAAGCAAAAGACUCCAGCGGAAAUCAAAAUAUUGAAAAAGGUGAAUGAUUGUAUUACGGAAACCAUUUUUGACCGUGAGUACUUGUUAAUAUUCCAUACUGCGUGUAUUUCUGUCGAAAUUGUAGGAGUCUGAAAAAAGAAAAGUGCUAUAUAAUUUGCCGCUAUUGUAAGUCGUGCACCUAUGAUUACAUUUUACCUCUUUCGCUGAAUAUGAAUUGUGAAACGGUGGUUAUCGUCACUCGUGAAAAUCCAUGCAGACUCAGCGUUUCUCGAGUUCAGUUCUUUCAGCAAAUUGUAAUGUAAUUAAAUUCGUGGAGCGCUAGCGGCGCCAAGUCUAGGGCGAAAGACCUGAUCGUUAAGUGUACAUAGUAAUGUAAUCUAGUCAAUUAAGCUUCGCACAACAUGUUAUUCAAAUAUAAUGUAAUUAUUUUUAUUUAAACAAAUAUAAACUAUUUAUUUUGGUA